UUUGUUCUCAACUUGUGAGGCGGCAAACACAAUGCCUGCAUACCAUUCCAAAUUCGAAGCUUCUCAACUUGUUGGAAACAUAGGAUUACUUCCUUUGCGGACAAAUCUCAAAGGACCAGCUCCAAAAACUGAUGGUGAGGAUAUAAUCGAUGAAGCUCUAGUCUACUUCAAGCCUAACAUUUUCUUCCGCGAAUUUGAAAUAAAAAAUCCAUCUGAUCGUACUCUAAUCUACCUAACUUUCUAUAUUACUGAAUGUCUUAGGAAACUGUCUAGGAGCCCAAACAAAAUACAUGGUCAGAAAGAUUUGGCUGCUCUAGCACUUAAUCAUCAACUACCAAUUCCUGGGGAAGCUGAUUUCCCACUUAAUAGCAUGUACAAACCUCCGGCAAACAAACAAGAAGAAGAAGUUAUGCGCGCCUAUUUGCAACAACUUCGUCAGGAACUUGGUAUGAGACUAUGCGAAUUAGCAUUUCCUGAUCCAGCUCAGAAGCCUAGCAAGUGGUGGCUCUGUUUCGCCAGAAAACGAUUCAUGGACAAGGGACUGGUCAGUCAAGGAAUUACCCUUUAA